UUAAAGUAAAACAUUAUAAAGUCUUAUAAUUAUAUGUAAUUAUAAAAGCAUGUAGACACGUUUUUUGAUUUAAACCUUUUUAUUAAAAUUGUUAUUUUUAUCUCCAAUCUCUUAGAAGUUUUUUUUUUUGAACAACUUAUCAUGCCAUAGUGUCCAUUUUUCAAUUUCACACUAGAGAGAAUAUUACGAAAAACUAAUAUAAUCAAUUAUGAAAUUUAUGAAUAGUAAGUAAUACAUUCGUAACUAACCUUAUCAUUCGGAUUAAAAUAUUAGUUUUUAUUUGUUUCCUGAUAAAAAUAUUAUAAAGGCUAUUUGAUCAAAGAUCGUUUUGUAAUCUAUGGAAAUUUCCAAAAAUAGGGGGAGUAAUAUCUGAGGAGUGGUUAGCUAAUUUAGCUUAUUUCCUUCUAAGACGAACACGUUUGACUCUGCAAUUUCGAAGUGUCACGUAAUAGUCAAAGUAAUUGCAACAUUAAGAAAAGCCCCUCUUUAAUUAACAUAUUGAAGCUAUGCGUUUCCUCCUCAAAUGAACAUAAUAAAUUAUAGAGAUUAAUAAAUGUAGUACAACUAUAUAAUCCCAGAAUUUGUGAAAUAAGCGGUCAUCAAAAAUCUAUGUAAUCCCGUAAAUAUUUCUUCCCUCUAAUCCUCAAAUAUUACAUUGCUAUAUACUAAUCUCAAAAAACUAAAUACAAAUAAUACUGUUCUCCAAAAAAACUAAAAAAAUUGAUGUUGUUUAUUUGAUAAAUUUGCUAGAUUUAUUACAAUCUUUCUCUCUUCCCCUAUUCAUACCCUUCAUUUUUGGGAGGAUUUUUGAUACCAACCUGGGAUUUUACAUGUAAUUCGGGCAAAACAACUUUCAUUUUGCAUGAAACUUUAACGUUUCAGGGACAUUGAUCAACAGGUAUUACAUUUUUUCUCUUUUUUAAUUUUUAUCUUGGAUUAUCAUUCAUUGUUCAAAUUCAUAGUUUUUGCAGUUAAGCUAAAUUAUACUCCCUCCGUUUCGUUUUAAUUGUUACACUUUGAUAUUUUACACUAUUCACAAAUUUCACUUUGACCAUCAUUUGUGAUUUAUACACGGAUGAAAAUAGUCAUAUGGGAUCUUGUCAGAUCAUCAUAACAUGUAUUUUAUUAAUAUGUACAUUUUAUGAUUUUUAUAAAUACAAAACUAAAGAUAUACGUCCGUAAAGUUUUGUAUUGACAUGUGUGAAAAGUGUAAGGGUGUAGAUUUUAAAAUGAAACGGACGGAGUAUUGAUCAAUAUGAGGUAAAAUUUUAGCAUUUACAUUUUCCCCCUGAUUAUUCUAAUAUUUUGUUACAGGGUACAUUUAUCUGAAAAGACCCAGAAAUUUUGAUCACAAAAGAAGACACUUUUUCUUAGGAGAAAAGACCCAGAAAGAAAAAAAAAACAGAUAUCUAGAAUUUGUACCCUUAAAAAUUGGGUAUAAAAUGGAACACUUCAGGCAAAUUGGAGAAGUUUUAGGAAGCAUGAAAGCUUUAAUGAUAUUACAAGACAAUAUUCAGAUAAACAAGAGGCAGUGCAGUUUUUUGUUUGACAUGUUUAAUUUAGCCUUUGAGACAUUGUCAGAAGAGAUUAAGCAAAACCUUAGAUUAGAAGAGAAGAACACAAAAUGGAGAGCAUUAGAUCAACCUUUAAAGGAGCUUCAUAGAGUAUUUAAAGAAGCAGAAUUGUAUAUGAAACAAUGCAUGGAUUCUAAUAAAAAUUGGUGGGCGAAAGCGAUUUACUUUCAUAACAGUCAAGAGUGUAUUGAAUUUCAUAUGCAUGACUUGCUGUGUUAUUUUGCAAUCGUUAUCGAAGCGAUUGAAACAGCUGGGGAGAUAUCAGGGCUUGACAUAGAUGAGAUGAAGAAGAAGAGAAUCAUACUCUCUAACAAGUAUGAUAUGACUUGGAAUGAUCCAAAACUAUUCUCUUGGAAAUAUGGGAAACAAUAUUUGAUUUCCAAUGAUAUUUUAAGUAAAAUGCAUAAUGCUCCGAAAGAGGAUAAGUGGCUUCUGAUAGGAAUGAUCAAGGAGAAGAAGGUUUCUGGUUCGUCUAUCAUGAGUAAACAACUCAGUGAUUUACUUGUGAAGAAACUGAAUGAGGAAGAAUUGCUCUGCCAUAGUACUUCGGUUUUAACUGGAGCAAGAGAUUAUCAAGUGAGAAGGCGGUUAGGUGGGGGAAUAAUGCAGUGUAAAGAGAUACAAUGGUUAGGGGAGAGUUUUGUUUUGAGACACUUUUUUGGAGAGUCUUCAUUGUUAAAUUCGGAAAUUUCUUCAUUGAUGUCUCUUUCACACCCUAAUGUAGGUCAUUAUCUUUGUGGAUUUCAUGACGAGGAAAAGAAAGAGUAUUUCGUUGUGAUGGAGUUGAUGAGCAAAGAUCUUAACUCCUAUAUUAAAGAGGUUUGUGGUUCAAAAAGGCGGAUGCCCUUCUCUUUCCCAGCUGCAGUUGAUAUCAUGCUCCAAAUCGCGAGAGGUAUGGAAUAUUUACACUCAAAGAAGAUAUAUCAUGGAGAUUUGAACCCUUCGAAUGUUCUUAUCAAGCCUAGAAAUUCAUCUUCAGAGGGUUACUUUCAUGCUAAAAUCUCUGGUUUUGGUUUAAAGGGUGUUAAAACUGUGGCUUCUAGGACCUCCUCGCCGAACCAAAAUGGAAUACAACCAUCUUUUAUUUGGCAUGCCCCUGAAGUCCUGAUCGAGCAAGAAAAGGCAGGAAGUAGUAGUGGAAAAGACUUCAAGUACUACUCUGAGAAAGCUGAUGUUUAUAGCUUUGGGAUGCUUUGUUUUGAGGUUUUGACAGGAAAAGUUCCUUUCGAAGAUGGGCAUCUUCAGGGAGAUAAAAUGAGUAGAAAUAUAAAGGCAGGAGAGCGGCCUUUAUUUCCAUUUGCUUUGCCAAAGUAUUUUGCAAAUCUGACUAAGAGGUGCUGGCAAACAGACCCAACUCAGAGACCAAAUUUCUCAUCAAUUUGUAGGAUACUACGCUAUAUCAAGAGAUUGAUUGUGAUAAAUCCUCAUCUAGCUCACUCUGAAAUUCCGUCGAUAGUUCAAGUAGAUUAUUGUGAUAUAGAGGCCGGUUUCAUGAAGAAGUUCGUGUCAGAGGCUAAUGUUGCAGUAACUCCUGUAUCACAGAUACCAUUUCAGUUGUUUUCUUAUAGAUUAGCUGAGAAAGAGAAGCUUAAUGACGGGAUCAGUAAAAAAAAGAGUUGGGAAUCACAUAGCGAGGUUGUUAUGUCAUCUCAUAUGGAUGAUAUGGCUAAUGGUAUUUUUGAAGGCUCAUUUUCACCAGCUCAUGACACCAAGUCUAUGUGCUUAGAGAUUCCUGAGAAGAGACUUUCAGUUUUCAGGAGGAUUAAUGGCCUGACCACAACCACAAAUAAGCAGUUCUUGCAAAGACGCAAUACAAUGUCCGUGUUUCAGGAAAUCCCGGAGAAUAAUCUUCCGAUCCUAAGGAAAUCAAAAGGUGUAGCAGCUGGUGACUCGUCUUUGCUAGUGCACACUGCAAAGUCAGGCUGCUCAGAAAUUCCUGAGAAGAAAUCUUCACCUUUGAAGAAAUGCAACACACUUUCUUCUCUCAAAGUUCCUGAUGAGACACCACCACUACCUGAAUGUAGUGAGAUCCCUGCAAAGAAACUUCCAGAUAAGAAGGUUUUGUUUCAGAGGAAAUCUAAUAGUGCCAGAACGAGCAAAGAUCCAGGGAAAGCUAAAGGCAGAAUGAAAGGACCAUCAUUGUUUAGUCCGCGAGGUCAUAGUACCCGGAUGACUGCAGAGAGACCACAACAACAAUCCACUCCGCUGAAGCCAUUUAGAUAUCAACAGAAACAAGCUGGUCAUUCACCAGAUCACUCAAAUCAUUAGUUCAUCGAUCAGCACUGAAAAUUACUUUCAACUCUUCCUACAUUUUAUGUUAUGUGGUAAUCACUGCUCCCCCUAGUUGGUGUGUAAGUGUGGAGGUUGAUCAUGAUCCUUUGAGAGCGCAUUGCGCCCUGAAUUGCUUUGAGGACAGUGGGAUUCUCUGGUCUUCCAAGUAGGAAGAAACAUGGCUAUUCACCUAAUCGUUCUCAACUGAAUAAAGACGUAUCGACAAUUUGAUCCUUACUAGCUCUGUCAUUCCUUAAAAAGGUAAGCUUUUCUAACAGUUACAGAUACUCAUAAACUCCUCUUUAAUAUAGACUUGUCCCUAACAUGCCCAAAAACACCCCAUGAUUUUUCUUGCUCUCCCAAAAUCCUCUAUAAUAUCCCCUUUGUUCUCGAAAACUCUCGAUUGUAAACAAAUUCUAUUUAGUUGUUAGGAACUGGGAAUACCUCGUCUGCUCGUCAUUCCUUUUUGUAAGGGGUAAGAAUAGUGAGAUACGUCCGUCUUAUGUGGAGAACGAUAAGGUGAUCGUCUGUAAUCGCAGAAUUACAAUUUACACAAAUAUUGUAAUGCACUUGAGAUUAUCUUGUACUAAUUUUAAGAAAGUUUUGGAGA